AUGGCUAUAAUAUCUCACUUUGUGUGCGCAAAAAACGAGAGAAUUGAAAAUGAAGGCUUUUAUUCAGAUGACAACAUAUUAGAAUUAGGAUAUGGACGUGGCAAUGCGCUGCAAUACUGUUUUGAUAGGAUUUCGGAAGGAGAAGGCGUGGUGUUCGGAAUUGAUCGUUCUCCAUAUAUGUACGAUUGUGCGCUGCACCGAUUUGCAUUGGAAAUUGCUGAAACUGGAAAAAUUAGACUUGACCAUGCUCCAGACCUACGCAAUCUGCCGUACCCAUCCGGUAUUUUUGAUCACAUCUUUCACGUGGAUCUCUUUUAUUUUAUACACCAAAAUGUGAUGAAUGAAGUAUGUAGGGAACUUUGGCGAGUUUUGAGACCUGGUGGAACGAUGGUUUGCGGAAUGCAAUUUGAAAGACUGAAGAAACUGUCUCACUGGGGGUUGCUCGAAGAAUCUCAAUGGGAUCCCUUGCGCUACAUGACGUGCCUUGAACCUGCCGGGUUUGUUGAUGUCAAGAAGAUACACUUUUCUGCGUCCAUAAAACCUUACCAGGCUGUGGAGAAAGUUUCUGAGCAAAUUUUGGAAAUUCACAUGAGUUAA